GGGCGGCAGCGAUGCCUGUGCUGCGCGGAGAGCUGGGGCUGCGCGGGCGCCGCCGGCCUUAGGGCAGCGAGAGCGGCGCGGAGCGGAGCGAGCCCCCGGCCCGUGCUCUCCUCCGGGCGGCCGGGAGGAAGCGCCCCGGGCGGGGACGGGAGAGCGGCACUGCCGGAGCGCGGGGAGGGGGAGCGGCGCCGCGGGGCCAGCCGCGCCGGCGGAGCCGGGGGGAAAGAUGAGCUUGUUGUCAACCAUCGACACCAGCGCCGCGUCCGUGUACCAGCCCGCCCAGCUCCUCAAUUGGGUCUAUCUCUCGCUGCAAGACACGCACCAGGCCAGCGCCUUCGAUGCCUUCAGACCCGAGCCCUCCUCGUCCCAGCACCCCGACCUCGGCUACACUAAGAGCACCCCGGAGCUGGGCUCCUCCCUCAGCUCCAGCUAUCUCAACAGCUUCUUCCAGCUCCAGCGGAGCGAGGCUCUGAGCAGCAGUCUCUACAAGAGUGCAUCCCCUUAUGGCUCGCUUAAUAACAUUGUGGAUGGGUUAAGCUCCCUCACCGAGCACUUCUCUGACCUGUCCCUUUCCUCAGAAACCAGAAAGCCAAGCAAGAGGCCACCUCCUAACUACCUGUGCCACCUCUGCUUUAACAAGGGACACUACAUCAAAGACUGCCCCCAGGCUCGUCCAAAAGGAGAAGGCCUGACACCAUACCAGGGCAAGAAACGCUGCUUUGGUGAAUACAAGUGCCCCAAAUGCAAGAGAAAAUGGAUGAGUGGAAACUCCUGGGCUAACAUGGGACAAGAAUGUAUCAAGUGCCACAUUAAUGUUUAUCCUCACAAGCAGAGACCCCUGGAAAAGCCGGACGGCCUGGAUGUUUCAGACCAGAGCAAAGAGCACCCUCAGCACCUGUGUGAGAAGUGCAAAGUUUUGGGCUACUACUGCCGCCGUGUGCAAUAAACCUUCCAAGUGGCCUCUUCCCAUCCCCAGCAGCCUUCCAGAUUCUCUGGCAGCACGCCAUCAACAGCAGCACAACAGAUCAAGAUAAAAGCUAAAAUAAUUGCCAAUAUUGCCUGUCUAAUAAUAUGCCUUACCAUUAAUAGAAUGUAACAUUUCUCCUGUGCAUGUGCAUGCAUGCAAUAGGUAUUUACAGGACUAUGAUUUGUAUACAUAUAUACGUAAAUUUAUAUAUGUACACACAUAAAGUGUUACUGAUGGUGUUCACAACAGAACUACAGUUACAGGUUCUGCUGAUUGUUUACACAGACCCUAUAUCACAGCCAGGUGAAAUGAAGUACUUCUCAAAAGGCAAGGAAUAAUAUUCACAAGGAAUAUUUGUUACAUGUAUGGCUUUUGCAGAGGUUCAGUAACUGUGGGGCCAUUAAUUGCAAGCACUCACCCACGACACGAACACUGUUCUUAUUAUAUGACAAGACAAAGGAAGAUGAACCAAGCCACAACAUUAAAGGAGAAUUAUUGCUUUCCCAGUUUUAGAAAGUCUUAAGAGUUUUGUGCUGCUGAUUUCUUGGACUUUUUUUUUUUUUUUUACCAUAUCUUGGGCAGGGCUUAGGCAAAAUAAUUUUUGCAGGACGUGGAAAAAAAAGUGAAUAAUUGCUUGAGGGUGUGGGUUGGGUAGAAAGGGAAUGCCAUAAGAUUCCAAGAGGUUUUUGAAGGAGACAAAAUUGGUUUACUUAUGCAACUACCAGAUCCUUCUCUUGUCAUAUAAUCCCACUGACAUGGUCCCUUCUAUGUGCAUGGCACAUUCAAUAGGCCACAAGCACAAUAAAUUUACUAUGAAUAAGGGGAUAAGAAUACUUAAAACUGACCCCAAAAUCCUUAACUGAAAGAUUAGCCAAACUUACUAUUUAUAGUAGUUUUAAAGCCACUUUCUGGAAAUAUUUUUAUGUCCUGUUUUCUACUAUAGAAAUUUCUUAUAAUAUGAAACUUGUUAGCCAUAGGGGUGUUUUGAGGCAUGGAGAACACUCUAUAUAACCCUGUUUCUUUAUGUCUUCCUGAAGCACCUACAUACCUGAGGAGAAAUUUAGGAAUUACAUUUCAUUGUCCCAUUUCAGGUAGAACUUUGCACAGGGUCAGCCUCCUGCAAAGAACAUCUCAUCAGGGAUUGGCAAAUACAAACUGAAAGUACCUCGAGACAGUAUCCUCUUUGUAUGUCUACAGGAGAGUACAUUGGCAAAAGGGCACAACAAGCAAUUCAUUUGUAGCAUUCACUAAAGAAAAUAGAAGGAUAAUGUUUGAAGUUGGGGGGAUUUUUAGAUCAGCAAUUUAUAUUUUUAUGAAGUUUCCUUUAGGGAGAUUGAUUUGUGUGUAUGAUACUUAGGGAAAAUACUUUAAAUCCUAAAUAACUUGAUGUGAACUAAAUUUGUUCUGAGGACUAGUUCCAUAAUGCAAAGACAGCAGGGGGUUUAUGCCAAGUGAUAGCAGGAUGUUACCAGUAUGUCAAGACAAGCUCUUAUAAAGAAAGUAGAAAACUUUUUAUGAGCAUUCAGCUAAGGAACAUGAAGCUCCUGACAAAUUUGCUCCAGGGUGAAACUCCUGCCAUUUCUCUGCUUUCCUAUGGAGCAGGGCAAAAUUGCAUCUGCUUGUUUAGUGGGAGCAGCAUGUACAUAUCUUGCAAACUCCAUUAUUUUAUGGGCAGCCCAAGCAACCCAGCCUGAUGGUCACAGCCAUGGAUGAGCAUCCUGACUGCUGGCUUCUGACCACAGCUCUUCCACAGCUCCCUGAUUUUGGGCAAGUCACAAGAUCCUUCUGGACCUCAGUUUCCCCAGCUGCAAAAUGGGGGUAAUAAUACUUUAGUAUACCUACCUCACAGGAGAGUUGUGAGGUUUACUUAGUAUCUCUUAAGUGUUUGGCAUCACUGGAUGAACAGUGCUAUGUAACGCUAAAAUAGAAUUAACUAAAUUAAUCACUUGGAAACUACUUUUGCCCAGUUGGCAACUCCAACUAAAAUAGCUGGAAAUAAUAUUAUUGAACGUAACACUAAUAAACAGUUCAGUUGCCUCAGUGAAGAUAUGCAGUUUUAGCAUUUUCAAAUGCAAACACAUUCUUUUGCACAGAUUCACAAAUUAACUUAGGGACAAAUUCUCUCAACAAAGAUACUAAUCUGUCUAUACAAAUAAGAAAAUACACAAGCAAAUCUAGGGGUGGAUUUUCUAAGCUUGACCUCUAGGAUUAAUCUCAAUAGUUUGUUUCAAGCAUGAGUAAUUUUGAAAGAGCAGCAUUUUAAACCAGAUCUAUUUUUUCCUCUUGAGCACUUAAUAGUACAUGAACAAAAAAAGAAACCACCUAGAUGGUUCACAUCUAGCUAAAGAACAUGUAGAUGAGAUAAGAUGAAGAAAGGGAAAAUGUUAUUUUAUUGAAACUAAGAUGUUGCUAUCAAACAUUAUGUUCAGUAUUGAAAUAAUCUCCAUGUUAUGAUAACCACUAAAUCCAGUAAAGUAGCACAACUCUUGAUAUAGCUGUAUCACUACAUCACACAUCACCAGGUUCUGACAAAAAGCUGAUUAAAAGAUACCAUUAUAAGCAUUGGUAUUUUCAUGACAGGCCCUGUUUAUCCAGAUUCAACACUGCAAGGCAAUGCCUUUUGCUCAUGGACUUUUAGAUUGUACUAAAAACACACAUGAUCUACUUUAACACAUUUAAUGUCUAUAGGUGUAGCAUAAUAACUCCUAAGAGCAUACUUAUGAGAGUUCAGUAUUUAUAUUAUUGAUGUGUUCCUAGGCAGAAGACAUAUGAAGUAUUUAAGUAAUGCUUAGCAUAUUUGCAAUGGGGAGGAGAGCAGAUUUCCCCCUGCCCUUGCUCGAGUCUGUGCAUUGGAGUUGCUGGAAAAACACAUCCACAUGAGUAAUUGUGUGUGACAGCUUAUGGCUUCUAGUUAGUGGCACAGAAGGGACAUUUCUAAAUUUUCAUUUCAAAAGAAAAAAAAAGAAAGGUUGAUUACAAAAUAUAGAUUUCUUCUAUUCCCUCCCUCCCCAUGCAAAGGUAAUUCACCUAUACAUGCAGUCAGCUCUUUCCAGUGUAAAAAAAAAAAAAGGUAAAUGUGCAGAUUUUUGACUGGAAAAAUGAGGAAUUGGUUUAUUUUUAAAAUUCUCAUGAGUGCUUCCUGAUGUCUUCUAACUAGCUCUGCAUUUAGAGCAUCAGCUAGCUGUCAUUGAAGGCAUCAGUAGACAGUAUUAGAGGUGAAGCAAGCAUCAAUAAAAAGCGUUUUACAUCAAUACAGGCCUUCCUAAACUGAGUAUUCUUUAGG